GUAUACAAAGCCUGGCACAGGUGAUUCUCAAUGGUCACUAGCCUGUGCCUGCAAUAACUUUAUUACUUCCACUUUGUGAGGUACAAUUCCCUAAACGCAACUUCUCCCGCGGUAACGUAAUAACCAGGCAGCCCAGGUGCUCUACGCCUGCCCAUCUGGCCCCGCCUUUUCUUUACAGCUGCGUGUUCUCCGCUCCGUCUAGCCCCGCCCAUUCUUCCCUCCUCUCCCUCGGCGGCCCCGCCCCCUGCUUGGAGUCUCAGUCAGUGAGUCGCUGCCGGUCCCGCGAACACACGUGGUUUGUUGUUCCCUCCUCCUCUGACAGAACGUGCAGGGAAGAUGGUGGUCCUGCAUUUCUAUCGCUCAUUGGAGAAUUCGGCGGAGACCCUGCGCUUGCCCGGGGCAGACAAUAUACAGAGUAUUCACAGGGAGCUGUGCUACAAUGUCAACUGGACAGGUCCUUCGGCUCCCUCCAGUCAGCAGACUGACACCCUGCGUUGGCUCUUCAGUUGCCCCUUUGACCCUCAGAGUAUCUCGGACACCUCCUCUCUUCACCCAGAACCCUCCGAUCUGCUGGUAGAGAUUGGCCCACGACUGAAUUUCUCCACGGCAACUUCCACCAAUGCUGUGUCCAUCUGCCGCUCCGUCGGUCUGACCAACGUGGACAGGAUCGAGUGUUCCAAGAGAUAUCUCAUAAAGUUCCAGACUAGGCCUCAGGGCAGUGAGGAGCAAAAGCUGCUCGCUUCUCUGUAUGACCGCAUGACGGAAUGCAUAUACGCAGAGCCAGUGAGGAGUUUUGAGGUGUCCGUUAGACCAGAGAAAGUGUAUGAGGUGGAUAUUCUGGGGCGAGGGAAGGCCGCACUGGAAAAAGCCAAUACUGAAUUAGGUUUGGCGUUCGACAACUGGGAUCUAGAUUAUUACAGCACGCUUUUCCAGCGUGUGGGUCGGAACCCCAGCAGCGUAGAGUGCUUUGAUCUUGCACAGUCCAACAGUGAGCACAGCCGCCACUGGUUCUUUAAGGGCAAACUAAGGGUAGAUGGUGAGGAGAAGGAGAUGUCUCUGUUUGACUUGAUCAUGAAGACUCAGGACUCCAGUAAUCCCAAUAACAUCAUCAAGUUCUGUGACAACAGCAGUGCAAUCCAGGGAAGGGAAGUGACAUCUCUAAUUCCCUCAGACCCUUCAUGUGCUGGGGCCUAUCAGUUAUGUCGAUCCACACGACACUUGAUCUUCACUGCAGAGACCCACAACUUUCCUACUGGUGUGGCCCCAUUCAGUGGUGCUACCACGGGUACAGGGGGGCGCAUUCGUGAUGUACAGAGCACUGGUAGGGGAGCACAUGUCAUUGCUGGAACAGCCGGAUACUGCUUUGGAAACCUGCACAUUCCAGGAUACUCUCUUCCUUGGGAGGACCCCACAUAUCAGUACCCAGUGCAGUUUGCCCGGCCUCUGGAGGUGGCUAUUGAAGCCAGUAACGGUGCCUCAGAUUAUGGAAACAAGUUUGGGGAGCCUGUCUUGGCUGGAUUCGCACGUUCCUUUGGCUUGUGGCUGCCGUCAGGAGAAAGGAGGGAGUGGGUGAAGCCAAUCAUGUUCAGCGGCGGGAUUGGGUCAAUGGAGGAUGUUCACCGUACUAAGGAGGCCCCAGAACCUGGAAUGCAUGUGGUUAAAGUGGGAGGCCCUGUCUAUAGGAUUGGGGUUGGAGGUGGAGCUGCAUCUUCUAUUCAGGUUCAGGGGGAUAACGCCAGUGAGUUGGAUUUUGGGGCAGUGCAGCGUGGGGAUGCAGAGAUGGAGCAGAAGAUGAAUCGGGCAGUGCGGGCCUGUGUGGAGAGAGGGGACAGGAACCCAAUCUGCAGCAUUCAUGAUCAGGGAGCCGGAGGCAAUGGGAACGUCCUAAAGGAGCUCAGUGAGCCACAAGGAGCGGUUAUUUACACUCAAAGCUUCCAGCUGGGGGACCCCACCCUGAGUGUGCUGGAGAUAUGGGGGGCAGAAUAUCAGGAGUCCAACGCUUUGCUCCUGCGCCCCGACGAUGCUCAAUUCCUACGCUCCGUGUGCCGGCGAGAAAGGUCUCCUGUGGAUUUUGUGGGCAAGAUCACAGGGGAUGGGAGGAUUGUGUUGGUGAAUGGCAGUGAAUCAGAUCCCCUUCCUGACUCUGCUGAUCGUAACGCUGUUCCCGUUGAUCUCAAACUGGACUGGGUUUUAGGAAAAAUGCCUCGCAAGGAGUUUGCUCUAAACCGUGUGAAACCAAACCAUAAAGAACUGGCGCUUCCUAGUGACCUGACAGUUGGGCAAGCGCUUGAUCGUGUGCUGAGAUUGCCGUCUGUAGCAAGCAAGCGCUACCUGACCAACAAGGUGGACCGAUCCGUCACAGGCCUGGUGGCCCAGCAGCAGUGCGUCGGGCCCCUUCACACUCCAUUGGCUGAUGUGGCUGUGGUGUCUCUGUCUUAUUCAGACAUUGUAGGAGGAGCUACAGCAAUAGGAGAACAGCCAAUCAAAAGCCUUCUGAACCCAGCAGCUGGGGCAAGGCUGGCAGUGGCAGAAGCACUAACCAACCUGGUCUUUGCUCAAGUUACGGACCUAAAGGAUGUGAAAUGCAGCGGCAAUUGGAUGUGGGCUGCCAAGCUCCCGGGGGAAGGUGCCGCACUGUAUGACGCCUGUGUGGCUAUGUGUGAUGUCAUGGCACAGCUUGGAGUGGCUGUCGAUGGAGGAAAAGAUUCUCUCAGCAUGGCUGCCAGAGUGGGCACAGAGACUGUUAAAGCUCCAGGGUCUCUAGUGAUCUCCGUUUAUGCCGUUUGUCCCGAUAUAACAGCCACUGUGACACCUGACCUAAAGAACCCCGGACAGAAAGGUGUUUUACUGUAUGUGCCCCUCUGUCCUGGUCAGCAUCGGCUUGGGGGCAGUGCUUUGGCUCAGUGCUACUCACAGCUGGGAGAGACCCCUCCAGAUCUCGAUGACCCUCAGACUUUAAUCUCCUGCUUCAAAGUCACACAACAGCUGCUGAGAGAACGAAUCCUUAGCGCUGGCCAUGACGUCAGUGAUGGAGGCCUAAUCACGUGUAUCCUGGAAAUGGCUUUUGCUGGAAAUUGUGGUCUGGACAUUGAGAUUUCCUCUUCCUCUGCCAGUGUGCUUGAGCUGCUGUUUGCUGAGGAACUGGGCCUGGUUGUAGAGGUCCCAGAAGAAAGGGUGGAGCUGGUUAUGGAACAUUAUAGAGCAUCAGGAGUAGAGUGCGGGAGGAUUGGAUGCACCAAAGGAUAUGGUCCAGGAUCUAUGGUCAGAAUCUGCGCCAAUGGUCAGGAGGUGAUCAGCGAGACGUUGAGUUCCCUCAGAGCCACGUGGGAGGAGACCAGUUUCCAACUUGAACGCCUUCAGGCCAAUCCAAGCUGUGUAUCUCAGGAGGAGGCUGGGCUGAGAGUCAGGGAGGGACCUAAUUAUCACCUGACGUUCAACCCUUCUGAAAUACCCUUGGUGCCUCCAUCAGUUGGUGGCCACCAGCCGCGUGUAGCUGUCGUGCGCGAGGAGGGAAGCAACGGAGACCGGGAAAUGGCGGCAUCUCUAAUAAUGGCUGGUUUUCAGGUGUGGGACGUCACCAUGGAAGAUCUUCUUGCUGGAGGCACCACCCUGGACUCAUUCAGGGGACUUGUUUUUGUUGGGGGAUUUAGCUACGCUGAUGUGCUAGGGUCGGCCAAAGGCUGGGCUGCCUCUGUGAAGUUUAAUGGAAGUGUACGUGAGCAGUUCGAGACCUUCCGUUGUAGGGCAGACACUUUCAGCCUUGGGGUCUGUAACGGGUGUCAGCUGAUGGCUCUUCUGGGCUGGGUAGGACCUGAUAACACAACAGAUACAGGCGACCUCCCCCCUCAAGGGGUUCUGCUGAGCCACAACCUGUCCAGCCGGUUCGAGUCCCGGUUUGUCACCCUGAAGAUUGAACAGAGUCCUUCCAUUUUGCUCCGGGGAAUGGCAGGGUCCACGCUUGGCGUGUGGGUGGCACAUGGCGAGGGAUACAUGAGGUUCAGAUCUCAGAAGGUGCAGGACUAUGUGACGUCCAAUCACUUGGUUCCUCUCUGUUACGUGGAUGAUGGAGGCAACCCAACAGAAGAAUACCCAAUGAAUCCUAAUGGCUCUCCACUGGGAAUUGCCGGUCUUUGCUCUGCUGAUGGGCGACACCUGGCCAUGAUGCCCCACCCAGAGCGCUGUGUCAUGAAGUGGCAGUGGCCUUGGAUGCCAGAAAGCUGGCGCCAGUCAUUGGAUGUCUCCCCGUGGAUGCGGCUCUUCCAGAAUGGCUACAGCUGGUGCCAGGAGAACCCAAGUAGCCAUAUCUGAUUGCACUGCCAAACUCCUCUCCUAUGCAAUGCCUGUUACACAAUCUGCACAUUUAUAUCUGCUCAUACCCAGCAUCAAACAAUGAAGAAUAAUGGGCUUGUGA